GGAACGCUCAACGUUUGGCCGACUCGCGCUCGUCCGAUUGUGGUGUGUCUGCGUCGCGUGCGAUCUCCGGUGGUAUGACCGCGGUAGCGUGAGGUAUAGGUAGAGUAGUCGUCCGUCGUCCGCCGGCGGGAAAUCCGAUCGGGAAAAAACCGUCGAAAAUCUCCGUCGUGGUUGUGAUCAGCUCGGAGAAAUUAUGCGGCUGAAUUUAAAUAGUACCCAAGAAUCGGAUAUAAAAGAGGAGUGUCUGGAUGGAAUUAAAGCAAAGACGGGGUUAGUGCGAGUGAACGAUUCCAAUCGAGGUUCGUUAACCGUACGGUUGGUGUUGACGUUGGAAUGCCUAAAACUUCAGAAACAAGAAGUAGUCGACAACCAUCAGUCGUCAUCGUCUUCAUCAUCUGAGGAUACCAUCGACAACUAUCAACCUAGUCCAAACUAUUAUUUGAGAUAUGUGACCGUGACCAGAAAAAACGGUAGCCUUGGAAUAAGCGUCAAAGGUGGUCAAGAGAACAAUUUGCCGAUAUUGAUAUCGAAGAUUCCCGAAGGAGGAGCCGCUUACCACACAAAACGGUUAUUCGUAGGAGAUGCAAUUAUAAAAGUGAACGACCAGUUGAUCACAAACGCUUGUCACGAUGCAGCUUUACACAUUUUGCGGAAUUCUGGAAAUCAUGUUACAUUAUUGGUCAAACACUACAAAGCUGCAGCGCCUUUUUUGUUAGGCGCAAGAGGGAAGAACAACAACAAUAACGGGGAAAGUGACACAGAAGAUGGACCAUGGAUGGAUUAUCUUAUAAUACCACUGAUGAUGGGUUAUGUAACCAGAUACGUGCAGGGUACGGACAAACUGCGGCGAAACGGUUUCGAAGUGCACGGCAUGAACGAUCUGAAUUCUACUAUAAUACAUUGCGAUAAUGUCAAAAGUUUGUCCGAAUGGGUUAAACUUAUUUCGGAGAACAUUUCAAAUCUCGCAGAAAUACAAAUUAAACUCUACAAUUUAAAUUUUGGCAUCAACGAGAAAAUCGAGUACAUGGGAUGGGUAAACGAGGGUGUGCUAAACAAUAACCAUCCUUGGCAAAGUUACUGCGCAAGAUUCAUGAUAAUAAGAGGUCGUGACGUAUUGCUUUUCGACACACCACCGAUGUCCAUUACGGAAUGGCUGGAUUGCGGCGUCGUGUACAAGCUGUACGAGUCAAUGUUGAGACUAGUGAAGGAUGCGGAAAACGUAGAUCAGAGGCAAAAUUGUUUUUUACUACAAACCUCCAACGGAGUGUCCCGGUACUUUUCAAUGGAAACCAAACAGGGUCUACUGGAUGUACAGUGCGCGUGGCAUAGGUCGAUAUGCACGUCCAUGAUGCACAUCAAAAGCAGAACAUUCUACGUGUUAUUCGGUAACAACCAACAGCCGUCGAACUUGAUACUGGACUGGGAUAACGGAUUCACAUUAUACGACAACUGGACGAAUUCGAAUGUUUGGACGUACAAGUUUUCUGAGCUCCGUGGAUCCUCAGACGAUCACAUUUCCCGUCUAAAACUUCAUUUCAAUGAUAACGGCUGUAUCGAAACAAAGGAAUUGGUCUGUCAAGACCUGCAGAGCUUGCUGUUCUGCGUGCAUGCGUUCCUGACCGCCAAAGUGGUGUCCGUAGAUCCUUCGUACCUGAACACCGAAGGGAUUCAACAGCUGUAAGACGUCGCUGGCAACUGCAGUUACUGCACUUAACCAAUAACGUUGUGUAUACCAUUACAAUAUUAUACAAUUCAUAAUACUGUGUUUAGGAAUGUUGCCGAUUUACGCGCCAUCCGUGUUAUAUAUAUAUACAAU